UGCUGCGCUAGUUCGUCGUCGCACUGCCAGGGACCCGAACUGCUGAAGAGCUAAAACAUCACUACAGACAGCACGCAGUCAGUCAGGCUACAGGAGAGUAGGAGGCUUAUCGCAACGUCGCGUGGUCAGAUUUUUAAGUACACACACACACACACACACACACAUAUAGGCCUUAAGUACUAGUACACUAAAGUCUAGCAGCUUAAAGCAAGAAAAAAAAAAAGCGGGCCCUUCUCUUAAGACCAUCUUAAGUUGUGAGAGCAUACACACACUGGCUUUUGGAAGCCUCUUACAACAGCAAGAAGAAGAAGAAGAAGAAGCAGGAAGAAAAAAGAAGGAACUCUGAAAGUUUCAUCGGUGGGAAUCGACUGGAAAUUUGGCGAUUCACGUGGCACGCAUUGUGAAUUUUCAUUUGUGAAUAUUGGUGAAGGCAAGUUGUAGCUGCAAAGUGAAAAUUCAUCGACGAACGUUCGGCUUUUAAAAAGAAAAAGAGGUUGAAUUCCAACAUUUGCUUUUUGGGAUUUCCUGACUGAAUUUCGAAUCAUCAAAUCAAUUUAGCCAGAAGAAAGCAGCAAACACCCCCCCAAAGAAGAAGAACAGAAAACCCGAAGGCUACAAAAAAAGGUGGAGCUGGGAAAAAGAGGAAGGAGACUGCAAAGAACCUUCACUCCUCCUCCUAUACACUGCGUGGGGACCUCGCCUCCCAUUUUCUCCUUGUGAACUGCCAUAUCGUCACCGGUCGUGAAGGUUUUCUUGGAAAGAAGAAGAAAAGAAGAGAAAAAAAAGGGGGGAAGGCGAGGACACACUGGAAGAAGUAGGAAAGAAAGAAAGAAAAAAAAAAGGAGGAGGAGAUCCAAAUCUUUUCCUUUUUUUUUUUUUUUUCGUCUUAUUUUCUUUUUUUUUUCUUUUUCACUUGUGUCAAGACUUGAUCCGGCCCAGGCCAGUGCAAAGUGAACUAUCGACCGGCUGUGACGUGUCUCUCAGACUGCGUACACACACAACCAUAUUCUUUAAUUUUUAAUUGACGAAAACGAAAAAAGAGUGUGUUGCUAGCUUUUUUUUUUUUAAAGUGUUGUUUUCAUUUCGUCGUGUGUGCUGCAAGUGUUAAUCAUCGAGGCAACUCGCAAGAAAGAAAAACGAAGAAAAACGAAAGGCAUCAGCGUGGAGUGGGUGCCAAUCGGUGCUGCUGAUCACUGGGAAUCAUCAGCAGCAGUCGACAAUUACAAGAGGAACGACAUCUUGAAUCGUCUUUUCGAGUUGAAUCAUCGUCUGCUAGAGCCGUGCGGAGACUCGAAAAUUGAUAAUUCUGCUAAUAUCAUGGCCUACCUGGCCAAAGGCAAUCCGUACGCAAUGAAUAUGGGUGUGGGCAUGGGUCCCGUCGGCCUACAUCAUCACCAUUCGCAAGGAGGUUUGGGUCACGUUGGCGGAGGUGGAAUGCCCGGCUUGGCCGGAUUGGCAAUGCCUCCGUCGGCCAUGGAUCCACUCCAUUCGGCCGUCGGGUUCCCUCCAGGUAUGGACCGACCAUGGAGUAAUGGAGCUGGACGCAAACAGAGACGAGAACGGACGACAUUCACUCGUGGCCAGCUGGAUGUUCUUGAAUCAUUAUUCGCUAAAACUCGUUAUCCGGACAUUUUCAUGCGCGAAGAAGUGGCUCUCAAAAUCAACCUGCCGGAAUCUCGUGUCCAGGUUUGGUUCAAGAAUCGACGGGCAAAGUGUCGCCAGCAAUCUCAGCAGCAACAACAGCAACAACAACAACAGCAGAGCACUGGCGGAAGUUCAGGAAGCAGUAAAAGCACUGGAACGCCGAGGCCUAAAAAGAUCAAAAAUUCAUCGCCGGGCAGUCCCGUUUCGAGUCGCCAACAGCAGCAACAGCAGCAACAACAACAACAAUCGUCAAUCAUCAAUUCAACUCCGAGUCAGGCCGGUCUUAGCCUGCAGCAACAGCAGCAACAAAUUCAGCAGCAACAACAACAACAUCAAACGAAAAUGCAUCGCGAUUGCAGUCCGCCUUCUUCGUUGCCCCUACACUCUCCGCACACGCCGUCGUCUUCUGUCACGCCUACACCGACGCCUCCACCUUUAGGUGCCGGCGGACUGACGGGCGGUUACGGCACGAUGGUGGCCGGUAUGGUUGACGUAUCGACACACGCCUCUACUGGCGGAGGUGUAGGCGGUGUAGGUGGAGGUUAUGGAAAUGGCGGCAAUACCAACUUCUGGGGUGGACACGACUUUCACGUUCCUUCUCCGCAACGGGCCGGCUCUUACGGCCUUGCGACUGGACCUAAAAUGACGGGAUCGAGUUCAUCGGUCGGAACGCCCAUGAGCGGAUCUAUGGGCUCGUUUUCGUCGCCUAGUUCAAUGCACGGGAUGUCGCCCAUGGGUAUGAUGCCCACCGGUUAUCCAUCUCCCAAUCCGAGUCCGGCCGGAUGCUACGGCGUGGCCACAGCCGGAGGCUAUGCCGCCGCUGCGGCUGCUGCCGCCAACGCGGCUCCUUAUUACAGUAACGUCGGAAUGGACUAUCAUCAUCAUCACCACACUACACACUCCAUGGCCAGUCAUCAUCAUUUCAUGGGCUCUUACGGACAGAUGUCCAGUUAUCCUGGAUCGGCCCAAUCGGCCUAUGCUAGUGCUUCAGCAGCGGCUCAAGCGGCCGUUCAAGCCAAUCAUCACCACCAUCACGGUGGCGUCAUUGGCAAUAGCCGGCCCGCGCUGCCCAGCACUGUAGGCGUUCAGCAACAACAGCAGCAGCAACAACAACAACAAGACUGUUUGGACUAUGAGGCUAAAUUUCAAGUGCUGUGAGCCAACACACAUUUUAGUUUUAUUUUUUCGUGUAUAGAUUCUGAAAAUAUUCUUCAUUUUCUCUCUCCUCCUCCUCCUCGUGUGUGUGUGUUUUUCCCGCAGGCCGCCGUCAUUUUGUUUUUAUGUGAUGACUUUGAAACAAAAAAAAAAUUUAAUUAACUUACACCGAAAAGAGAUCAAAUAGUGUCUUCCCCAUCUUUCGAUUUCCCAUAGUCCUUGCAUUACCACAAUCCCUUUUUAUAUUUUUCUUUUAUAAUUAUCUUGGAAUUCUUGAAAAAACAAGUUUUGUGAACAUAUUUUCUCUUGACUACGGAUUUAAAGAAAAUUUGAAGCUGGGGAUGAAAAAAAACAAACAAAACAAAUCAUUUAUCGAUAUUAAUCGUCAUUUUUCCCUGUCUCGUCUCUUCUUUCGUGUGUUCCAGCUGCCCCUCGAUUUCUUAUAUGCCCCACUACUUCCCUAGUUUUGGUUUUUAAAAACAAGAAUUGUAUAUUUUGAUUGAAUAAGAAAAAAGGCAAGACAAUUA